AUAAGCGUUCGAUAAAGGUUCGCUUCAAAUAUAUGUUGAAGCCUCACCUAAUUCAGUCUUCUUUUGACAUAGAACAUAACCAGUGUAAAAAUGCCGUUAGUUCUUCACAAAAUCGACGGCAGCCCACCAGUGAGAGCUGUUCUGAUGACCCUGGACAUCCUGGGUCUAGAAGCUAACAUGAUCGAAGUGAACACAUUGGCUGGAGAAACACGUACUCCAGAAUUCUUGGCCAAAAACCCAAUGCAUACAGUGCCACUGUUAGAAGACGGAGACUUCAUACUAUCAGACAGUCACGCUAUUAUAACUUACUUAGUAUCGAAAUACGGAGCGGACAAGAGGGCAGAUUUGUACGCUAACGGUCACAACGCAAGAGCUACAAUUGAUCAAAGACUGUAUUUUGAUGCUUCAAUUCUUUUCGUAAGAUUUAGAGAGGUUGUAAUUAAUAUUCUUCGGGAUGGUGGGAAUGGUCCAACUCCGCAGCAAGCGGCUGAUAUUGAAGAAGCUUAUGGUAUACUGGAGAAAUAUCUCGAGAGCAAUUUGUUUGUGGCCCACGACAGAUUGACAUUAGCUGACAUAUCUAUAGUGGCUACGGUAUCAACGCUAGAUAUUUGGAUGCCUGUCACUGAUAAGUUCCCGAAAUUGCUAGACUGGUUUGCGAGAAUGAAAGAAACUGAAUUUUACCAGAGAGCAAACGAGCCGGGAUUGCAGCAAAUAAAAGGUUUUCUGCAAAUGAAAAUCGAUUCGAGAUCCUCUUAGAAUUGGAGUUGGAUUUUUUUUAUGUUAUUUAUUUACAAAACUAUGUUGUUGUUUCUUUAAUACACUUGUGCUUUAAAAUUAAGGUUAAUAAAAUGAAAUACAAACGAACAA